GUUGACGUGCCUUAGUGGGAUUAUAUUUCUUUUCUUCCUCUGACUCUCUCUCUCUUCCCGUACCAUCGCAGCCAUGCAGAUCUUCGUGAAGACGCUGACGGGCAAGACGAUCGCGCUGGAGGUCGAGGCUAGCGACACGAUCGAGAACGUGAAGGCGAAGAUCCAGGACAAGGAGGGCAUCCCGCCGGACCAGCAGCGCCUGAUCUUCGCCGGCAAGCAGCUGGAGGAGGGCCGCACGCUCGCGGACUACAACAUCCAGAAGGAGUCGACGCUGCACCUCGUGCUGCGCCUGCGCGGUGGCAUCAUGGAGCCAACUCUGGUCGCCCUGGCGAAGAAGUACAACUGGGAGAAGAAGGUGUGCCGCCGCUGCUACGCCCGCCUGCCGGUGCGUGCGACGAACUGCCGCAAGAAGGCGUGCGGUCACUGCUCCAACCUCCGCAUGAAGAAGAAGCUGCGCUAAGCAACGUAGACGAACGGCCACGCACCCCUCUCUCGCAGCGCGCACGCUCUCUGUAUGUCUUCUUCUUCCUUUGUCCUUUCGUGCUACAGGUUGUCUCACGAAAACGCAAGGUAGAAGAAGACAGCAGCAGCAGCACUUGUGAGGAGGGGGGUGGUUUGUUGCAUCAUGUGGCAGCUGCAUCGUUGGCGCUCAGCCUGAUUUCGUUGUUGUUUUUUUUCAUUUGAUCAUUUCAUUAUAC